AUGCAGACAAGUGGAAAAGGAGCAGCUCUCCAUCAUCGGUCCCUGGAACACAUGGAUCUGAAGAAAAUUAAACCUGUUGGUUUCAAACCAAGAUAUGGCUUAGUUUCCUGUCGUGGUCUCAUUCCCCUGGUGAAUUUGAUGGAUGUGCCAGGAAUCUUAACCAGAUGUGUGGAUGAUGCAGCAAUUGUGUUGAGUGUACUGGCUGGACGCGACCCCAAGGAUUCUACCACAUUACAAGAUCCUGUUAAACCAUUGAUACUUCCCAGUUUGACAGAUGUGAACAAACUAUGUAUAAGAAUUCCAAAGGAAUGUCUUGUACCAGAAUUAUCAAGUGAAGUACAAUCUCUUUGGUCCAAAGCUGCUGACCUCUUUGAGUCUGUGAGGGCCAAAGUAAUUGAAGCAUCUCUUCCUCACACCAGUUAUUCAGUUGUCUGCUACCAUGUAUUGUACACAUUGAAAGUGGCAUCAAAUAUGGCAAGAUUUGAUAGGCUGCAAUAUGGUCACAGAUGUGACACUGAUGUGUCCACUGAAGCUAGGUAUGCUGCAACUAGACAAGAAGGGUUCAAUGAUGUGGUGAGAGGAAGAAGUCUCUCAGGAAAGUUUUUCUUGUUAAAAGAAAACUAUGAAAAUUAUUUCAUCGAAACACACAAGGUGAGAAGCCUCAUUGCUAAUGAUUUUGUGAAUGCUUUUAACUCUGGAGUAGAUGUCUUGCUAACUCCCACCACCUUGAGUGAGGCAGUACCAUACUUGGAGUUCAUUAAAGAAAACAGCAGAACAAGAAGAGCCCGGGAUGAUAGUUUUACACAGGCUGCAAACAUAGCAGAAUUGCUAGCAGUGAGUAUCCCUGUUGCACUCUCAAACCAAGGGUUGCCAAUAGAACUGCACGUUGUUGGAUAUGCAUUUCGUGACCAGUAGCUUCUUACGGUAGCCAGAGGAUUUGAAAAACAAGUACAGUUUUCUGUUACUAAACUUCAAGAACUCGUGGGUGAUUGUUCAUCAGUCCUUGAAAAUGAAAAGCUAGCCUCUGUCUCUCUCAAACAGUAGAGAUAAAUAUAUCAUGCAAAUUAAAAU